AUGGAAGAGGCAAGGGCCUUGCUCGAUCAGCUCAUGGGUCGCGACAGAAACGUUUCUGCGGCAGAAAAAAAUACGAGUGAGGAGAAAAAGAUUAACUGGAUGACGCAGACGCGAUACUGCCCGUACUUUCUGGUGGAUUUCUGCCCUAAUGAUCUAUUCGUGAACACGAGAGCUGAUAUGGGUAUGUGCAAUAAGGAGCAUUGCGAAUACACCAAGUCACGCUUUGAUAAAUGGGAAGACUGUGCGGAAAAGAGAGCUGUGGUUGAUAAGUACUCUCGAGAGCUAUUGAGCUUCUUGGAAUAUUUGGAGACACAACUGGCGCAUAAGAUAAGGAGAGGUAAGGCUCGAGUCAGUGCCGAGAUACCUGACAUAGAAGUUCCACCACAGAAUAAGGAGCAGAUAGAAGAGCUAAAGGGCCGUAUACACGGUAUCGUGAAGGAGGCUGAGGAGCUCGCCGAGAAGGGUAGAAUUGUCGAAUCCGAGAAGAAGAUGGGACAGGUUGGUCGUUAUCGAAAGCCUCCUUGA